AGCUGUCAAGCUGACGGCUGACCACUCUUUUUGUGGGUAACUUCCACAAACCAAUUUUUGUUCUUCCAAAUCUCAUGUGCUUCCAUAGUUCACACAUGCAUUGUAAUUUGUAAGCAUGUGAUAUGGGGAGGCAAUUUGUGAAUUCCAAUGAAUUUUAUGAUGAACCAGGGCCACUAUAAACUUUUUGCAUAAGUCUGUAUGCAUAGUGCUUGGUUCUUUUAGCAUUUGAUACGUCCAAAAAAAGAGAGGCAACCCUCAGUUGAUUUCAGGUGCAUAACUUACACUAUGAUCAAGGUCAUAGAUUUGUUCAACUGAACGUGAUUUUUUUAUUUAAAAUUUGAUGUUUCAACAAAGUGCCUCGCUGAUUGCCCUUAAUUUCUGCUCCUUUUGCAGGAAGAUUCUAUCCAAAUGCACCAGGAAGAGUUGAAUGCUGAGCGUCUGAAGUUUACGAAGGCAUUAUUCUGCUCAUACAAGACUGUGAAUGCUGCUAUACUGGCCAUUGCCAAAGGGGAGAUAGUGGAAGAUUUCCGCCUUCUUUACGAAUGUGAUGUUAAUAACAUCUUAGAGGUAUGGAUGGCUGAGCGCAGUUGGAUGUUUGAGGACGCGGGUGUAUCUGAAGUCUUAACAGAAUGCGCCAUUACCCUCAUGAAGCAUUAUCCACCACUGAAGAGAGAUUGUGCAAUGCACCUAAUCAUGGAAUUGGUCUGGAACAACUGUUGUUGCGUAAGGGACACUUUCUUUCUUGAAUGUUGGGGACUCUUCAAUUUCGAGCACCUAAGUCGUCUCAUGCCUGGCGUCCCAUUUGUUGAACUAGAUAUCCUUGCUUGUGAAAUAUUCAAAGCCGUGUCCGAGUUAUUAGAGUGGAAAGUGCUCGAGGUAAUUCACUUUGCUCGUAGUGCCUACUGUUGCUAUAUGAAAAGGUGCACCCAUUAAAUUCUCCUGAGUUAAUAGAGUGGAAAGUAGAUAUUAUGGAUUGUUAGAUGAAGAGAGUGUUGGAUGUAUGCCCUUUUUCAUAUACACUAAAUAGUAGUUUCAAUAUUUGUCUGUUUUGUGGUUUUCGGAUGUUGUGUUAUACAUAAGAGAAGUGGCUGGGUAUCUUAUAAUGGUCUAUAGAUAUUUUGACCCCCUGUAGUUUGUUUGUAUAUUGUGAUUUUACAAUUGCGUAAGUCCAUGGAAUCAGCUACAUUUCCCUUGCGGUUGGGCGUCUUUGGAAUUUUCACAGAAGAGGUAAUUGAGGUUGUUGAACAUGCUGACUGUGAAAGAAGGUUAGAAAGGCAUCGAUUUGUAGGCACACA